AUGUGUUGCUGCUGUGAUGAAGAUUGCAAAUACAGGCCACUUGGGUUUCUCUUAGGUCUGCCUUUCGCUUUCUUGUCUCUCAUAAUCUCCCUUGUUAGUUUGAUUGUUUGGAUUGUUGGGUUGGCUUUGACAUGCAUAUGUCCAUGCUGCCUUUGCGUGACUCUCCUAGUUGAGUUUGCUCUGGUGCUCAUCGAGGCUCCAAUUUUGGUUAUGGAGUGGUUCAUCUCCAAGAUUCCAUGUUAGAGAUAUUUGUAUUUUUAAGAGUUUGAAUUUGUGGUGCUAAUUUAGUACUAUUCUAGGGUUGAUUUUACCUUUUAACUCCAUUUAUGUAUUAGUUUUG